UGCGCUAUGUUUUCCUUGUCCGGCUGUCAACUCCGCCAUUUCGUUCUUUCCCAAAGAUUGUUGUUCUAGGAAACACGAUGUCUUCUCAUUUAGUUUGGAGCAUCAUCCGCAACAAUAACGCUUUCCUUCGAAAGAAGCGUAACAUUAAUAAACCAUUCAGUACUGAACCCAACAAUCUGACAAACUUAAGUUCUUACAGAUACAAUGGUUUAGUACAUAAGAAAACUGUUGGCGUUGUGGAUGCCCCCGACAAGAAAGGGUUUACUGUUGUGUACAAAAAAGCAACCAAACAGAAUAAACCAAGACAAUGCAUUGUUAAAAGGACCAUGAAGUCAGGACCUAGAAGGUCGUUGGCUAAGUUGGAAAGGCUUUUAAAAGCCAAUAAGUACCGAACCGAUUUGACUAAGGCUGCCCUUCGCAGAGCCAGUGCUGUUUUAAGGUCACAGAAACCUUUGCCCGCCAAGAAGCAAAAAGCAAAGAAACAAGAAUAAUUAACUUGUUUAAAUAAACAUUCUUUACUAUA